AUGUCGCCAAAAUCCGGCAAACGCGAAGAGAAAUACUCCCUCCUCAAGGACGGGACCGAGGGAGAAUCUUGUGAAGAAGGCGCAUCAAGAGACUCUUCCGCCGAUCAAGAAGCUGGAUUCGUUAGAGUCAGAAAACACCUUCCAUGGCAGAAGUUCGACCCAGCUUGGAAGUCUUGGUACCUCUUCGUUCCGCCCAUCCUCAUAUUUUCAAUACUGGCGUAUCUCGCCUUCUUCCCAUCAUGCGAAACCUGUCAAAAGAUGGAUCUCGACCUAUCGGGAUACGUCUGCGCGCCCAACGGCGCCCUUCCCAAGAUCGCUCGCGACCGGGGCUGCGAGUUCGAUACCAUGUCAUUCAAAUGGUGGCCCAAAGAGCCCAUGGCGCACAAAGAUAAUGUUGCGCUACUCAAAGAAUUUCACGGUGAGGGACCAUGGCAUCGGUACUAUGAUAAGGGCGGGAAACACGAGAUCCCACCGACGAGCGAGGUCUUGACUGCCGGCUGGGUUACUAGGAAGGAGCACACAUACCACUGUAUGUACACCUUACGGCAGACGCACUUAUGGAUUUCUCUGGGCUACGAUCCUCCUUUCAACUACAGCCAUACGAUACACUGCACCAAGUAUUUGAUGGACGCCAUACUGGAGAGUCCGCCCAAAGACUUUGAAGAGCUCAAUGUCCAUGGGACCCCAUGGCCAGAGCAUGCAGAUAUUGUCAGACCCUAUUAUCCUUGCAAGCAAGAGGGACUCAGCUGUGAAUCUUGGUGA